AUGGAGGACGAGCGUCUCUGGAAGUUUAGGAGACCCGAGUGGCUCAACAGCGCCUGGGCCCGCAGCGCUGGCGUGUACGGAGCCGGAGCUCUGUUCUCCGUCGCCUUCUACGUCAUGCUCGACUCCGCCGUCUGGUCCAAGUCCGCCCGAAACGGCUCCAACGUCCACAUCAAAUUCGUCGACUGGCUCCCGCUCCUCUUCUCCAGCCUCGGCAUGCUAAUCAUCAACUCGGUCGAGAAGCAGCGCCUCAGCGCCGAUUCCUUUAGCUACAGCGGCUCCGGCGUCGCGUGGAAGGCGCGCGUGGUGCUCUUCCUGGGCUUUGCCGCCCUCGCCGGAGGAAUGGCCGGCGGUGUCACCGUUUUCGUCCUCAAGUUUGUCGUCCCGGGCGUUGCCAUGCCCGCGCUGGGCAUGGGCAUUGAGAAUAUCGUCAGCAAUGCGCUCGUCGGCUUCAGCUCUGUUGUUCUCUGGGUAAGCCAGAAUAUGGAGGAUGAGUAUUCGUACAACCUGGCAAUAUGA